UGAAAAUGCUAGUUAAUGUUAGCGCGUGCACAUUUGAAGGUCUAGCUUAAUUUCCAUGUUACGUUUUCAGUAAAUUCACAUUAAUAUUCACACCUACUGCAACAACAUGAGCACGUUAUGGAUGGGGAACCUAGAGUCCUACAUGGAUGAGAAGUUUAUCACCAGAGCCUUUGCCACCAUGGGUGAACAGGUGAUUAAUGUGCGGAUCAUACGCAACAAGAUGACAGGUGUGUUGUCCCCCAGGGGUGCUCUGGGUUACUGUUUUGUGGAGAUGACAGACGAGGCCACAGCUGAGAGGUGUCUCCGCAAAAUCAACGGGAAAGCCUUACCAGGAGCCAAUCCACCCACAAGAUUCAAGUUAAACCGAGCCACUUUUGGGAAACAAGAUGGUGGUCAGAUGUAUUCUCUAUUUGUGGGAGAUCUUACUCCAGAGGUGGAUGAUGGAAUGCUAUAUGAGUUCUUUUACAACCGCUACCCUUCCUGUCGUGGUGGAAAAGUGGUGCUUGACAGCAUGGGCAACUCCAAGGGCUGUGGCUUUGUUCAGUUCCCUGAUGAGCGGCUGCAGAAGCGGGCGUUAGAGGAGUGUCAGGGUGCUGUAGGACUGAGUGGUAAACCCCUGAGACUAAGCCUGGCUGCCAACAAUUUAAGGAACAGGCAGCAGCAGCAGUCAGAGCACAGAUCGUGGCAGUCCAGCUCGGGAUACAGAAACAACUAUGAGCAGUACAGCCAGUACCAGCAGCAGGCUGAUCCUGGGUAUUACUCAUCCUGGGGCUACGAUCAGACUGGAGGCGGUUAUGGCUACGCCUAUCAGCAGUAUGAUUAUACACAGUAUCCCCCACCACAGGAAAGUGACGCUAGUCAGGAUGAUGGACUUGAAGAUCCCAGUCUCGAGCUGGAUGUGGUGGAGGCCAACCGGAAGUUCAUGGAGCUCAGUGAGGAACUGUAUGAUGCUCUGAUUGAGUGUCACUGGCAGCCAGCAGAGUUCUCUACAGAACAGGACUAUGUGACAUCCAGCCUACCAGAGCCCAUUUACUGCUGAAACUGAACUCAUUUUCUUCUCUAGAAUUUACCUCAUUUUUACUUCAUUUUCAGUUGUCUGCCUAAAUGUGGACAUUAUGGACUGUUUUUGUAAGGACGUAUAAAGGAAAUAAGUCAUGGUAAUGGAUCUUUUUCAAGUGUAUAAACCCAUUGAAAUGUACUGUGAAUACACACAAUUCAAAAAAGUUACAGCGAAAAAAUAUUGAUUUAUUUUUGGAUCUUCAAAACACACUGAAUCCAAAGGAUAACAUGAGAAAGUGAGAAGUCUUAUUUCCAGCAUAGUCCCUGUUAAGACAGACACAAAACAUAUGAAAAAUUAAACAAUCAAAUGUUUAAAAUCUUCACUGUCAUUGCAGCUCUCAUAUGUAGAAAUUGUGUAUGAUUAUAACAGCACUUUAUAGCAGUCAGUGGUAACAAUUGGUGCAGACUGUCUUGAUUUCAGCCCAUUCGUUUUAUGCUCCCGUCUCUUUUGAUACGGAGUCACUAAAUGCAGGCAUUUUCAAUAUGGCUUUUAAGUACCAAAUAGUAGUAUUAUGCACAUGUUCCACCAUCGGAUAUACUACAAUAGUUAAGUAAUGCCAAAGCUAGUAGAAAAUCAGUUGCCCAAGUAUCAUUUUGUUUCUACACUCCUGUUCUUCAGAUGUGAAUAACAAAGGAGGUUAACUUGAUUUGAUUGUUGAUAAUAUGACACAAGCCUGGCUUUUUCAGUUCUAAAGAGCUGGCUUGAAGUAUAUCUGGAGCUUUUGUCAUAGCAACAACUUCUUCAACCCAAAACUGCAUAAGUGCUAAUCAUAAAAUUUGCUAUUCAGUAAAAUAAAAUACAGUUCUUAGAGUCGAUCUUAAAUAUAGUUUGGUAUACAAAAGAAACAGUAUUACUGCUAUCUGUAAGACUAAUGGAGGCACAAAACGUGCAAAUUUUGACAUUGGUCACUUAAACAUUGAAAUUAAUGAAAUGCUGCAUCAUACAUAAAUUGUAUGUGAUUGGGUUAUGCCUCAUACUAUUUAAUCCAUAAAGUUGAAUCUGCUCUAUGAGAGAGUUUGGCAGGUUCAAAGGGUUACAAAAUGUGUAAGGUGGGUCCUGAGCAUUAAAUGUGCAACUUUGCACCUGCAGCGAAAAAGCAUUAUCUGCAGCCAUAGUGCCAGCCAAUCAUAGAAAUAAAAUAAUCAGCACUUAUCUCAUCACGUGGGGUCAUUUUGCUUAUAUCAAGAAUGAAAAGCGCAGGUAUUCAAGCUAAUUUCCCUUUGGCUACAUUGAAUACAUAACAUAUGCAGACCAGGCAAGGUAAGGCUGCAACAUUGAAAAAGGGCGCUGAUUCUGAAGUGGUGCAUGCUGAAAUUAACAGCAAUGUUCUGCCACAUUUAGUUCCAAAGCCAUAUAAACACUGAAAGUGUAGAAAAAGGCAACUGACUGCAGUGGUAAAAUGAAAAACAUAACUUUUUGUUAAUUUUAAACUGUUGCGU